AUGGCCACUCCCUAUGUGACCGAUGAAUCCGGGAAAUACAUAGCAGCCACUCAGCGUCCAGAUGGCACAUGGCGGAAACAGCGGAAAGUAAAGGAUGGCUAUGUGCCUCAAGAAGAAGUUCCUGUUUAUGAAAACAAGUAUGUCAAGUUUUUCAAAAGCAAGCCUUCACUUCCACCAGGCCUGAGCCAUACAGAGCCCCCUGCUAAUAAGCUGCAGCAGUCCACAAAACCAGAAACAGAAACCACCCUUUCUAAGGCAGCCAAACGGAAUCUGAAGCGCAAGGAGAAAAGAAAACAAGAAAAAGGCGAGCGGGAGGCAGUGGAUGAGGCCAGGCAGGAACUAGAGAAGGUUAACAUUUCAGAAACCACAGAAGCAAAGGACAAAACGGCUAACGAGAACCCAGCAGCUGAGAAGGCAAAGAAACUCAAGAAUCUCCGUAAGAAGCUUCGACAGGUGGAGGACCUACAGCAAAAAAUAGACUGCGGAGAGAUUAAACAGCCAUCCAAAGAGCAGUUAGACAAGCUGGCCAGGAGGAAAGCAUUAGAGGAAGAAAUUGAAGACCUAGAACUGGACUUGUAG